CAUAUUAUUCAGCAGGUCCACAUAAAUAACACGUUUAACAUCAAAGUUCACGUUUAUUGACGCACGCCAUCACGCCCCAUCGAUGAGUCUAAAAAUACCCGCGUCUUGCAGUCUAUCGGUUUUUGAACGUACCUCCAGUCUGCUGGAGGCAGCCAUUGCAAUCGCAAUUUUGCCGCGCUUUUCGCAACAUUAUUUUCGUAAAAUACUUUUUGUUUCAAACAACUGAAAUUAUAGUGUUAUUUAAAUUUCUAUUUAAAGGUGAUUUUUGAAAAAUGAUGGCGUUGAAAAUGGGCUUGAGAUUGCCGCCUUUGAUUUUAUUAGUAUUUAUUUGUGCGGAUGUCAUGGCGAAGGAUUCGGUGGAAGUGACGGAGCCUGUUGGAGAGACUAAACAAACUGUUAAGGUCAACACCGGCGCCCCGCUUAUGUUUGCCGACGAACUAAAACAGACGCUGGAGAAAUACCUGUUCGGGAUGUGUCCGAGCGGCUACAAGUAUCUUUCGCAGAUGCCGAAGCCGAAGAACGCCACCAGUGUCGGCUGCGACCUUGACGCGGAGCAGCAGGACCUCGCUGGAAGAUUGGCGGCCCUAGCGCUCCGUGCGCAUUCGGCCGGACGCGGCGAAUGCUCGCGGCUCGGCGUCGCGCUCGCGAACACGUUCGGCGAGCUUGCUCGCACCGCCGCCAACAGGCACGCGCUUAACCAAGCAGCGACAAACGAAGCGAACAAGAAACGCAAGCUCUCCAAGAGCCAAAAAGCGAAGAUUCAGGCGAAGCAGCGGACCGCACUGGCCGUUAAGAAGAAGGCGGCUGCCUUAGCUGCCGCUGCCGCUGCUAAAAUGUCCGCGUAGAUACUAGUUUUUCUUUAAAUAAUUAUUUAUACACUUUAAAGUUUAUUCUUAGACGGAAUGUGUUGCGAAUUUUGUUAUGUUUGAAAUGUGACAGCUCCUAUACUACUCUUUUAUGGAAGGUAGUCCGCCGGACCAUGGAGACUGUAUAAAGGAGCCAAAUCUCUAUGUAUGAAAAGUGACCAUCAAAAAACAGUAAUUAGGCGGCGCCACCAUGCACCGAAAUACUACCAAAAACAACCUACGUAAUUUGGUCGGGUUAUUUGUUGCCUUAUAUGGUUCAUGUUAUACUCAUGUCCCAGAGCCUAACUAGCGCCACCGGAGAGAUUAGGAACUAUUAUUUAAAGCUUAACGCGAUCAGUUUUACAACAAUUCUGCCAUAAGAGAUUGCGAUCCUUUCUAUACCAUCCAUACGCCGGACGAUAUCAGCCUGUCAGUUAGAACAAAAAUUUAACAGUUCCGAACAACUGACAGGCCGAUAUCGUCCAGCGGACUGGUAAUCAGUGGGCCCCUUUAAGGAUCCAUAAUUUAUAUAAGGCCCUCCACACUCAUGCGCGAAUCACGGCGUGAAGUCGCGUAGUCUGGAGAGCACUUAUAAUCAGUAUUAUAGCAGUAACAGACUACUGCACCGCACCGCGACCUUGGUGCAGUGCGUUAGUCUGUUAUGGCUUUUAACACACCGUUCUAACUUGUCAGUAGAAAGGGCGCGAAAUUCAAAGUUUUUAUUGAUGUACCUUUUUGUGUAUCUUUUUGUAUUGGUGUAUAAGCAGGUAAAAUAUACAUAUUAACUACUGUUUAACUUUUUUCAAAUGAUGUAAAUUUAUUGUAAUGUGAAUAACUAAUUUACCAUAAUUUACUCGUAAA